AUGCGCGCUUCGACGUACGCAGGCGAAAAAUUCUCUGGAGAGUGCGCAGGCGAAAAAUUCUCUGGAGAGCAAAAUCCGGUUCGAACAGGAAAAAAACGAGCUGUAUCGGGUUCUAUCAAUGGCGCCAGGAUCGCGAUCUGGAGCUGGAACUCGGACGCAGACGCUUGUGCUGCUUGGAGGCGUUCCAUCAUCCUGGGUGCUGCAUUUUGGCGCCAUGUCCACCGUGGCCGGCCACCGAAAAAUGUUCAAGUCGCUUCUACCUGGGCCAAAGGUGGCUUCAUGCACUCAGCAUUCACGCAACCUUCACAUCCGACAACUUUUGCCGCUCACCUCAUCGUGCUGCAUCAUUGA